AUGCUCAUCGGCGGCACUGUCUUCAUCGCUGUCUCAGUGUUUGGUGGUGCAGCCAGCAAUGUUCCCAUGCUUCUAAUUAACAGGAUUCUACUGGGAAUUGGUCUCGGGUUCACUAAUCAGUCAAUCCCAUUGUACCUGUCAGAAAUGGAGCCACCCCGUUACCGUGGGGCAAUCAACAAUGGUUUUGAGCUUUGCAUCAGCCUUGGCAUUCUCUUUGCUAACAUUCUCAACUAUUUUGUCAUAAAAAUUACAGCAGGAUGGGGAUGGAGGAUAUCCCUGUCCAUGGCUGCACUGCCUGCUGCAUUCCUAACCAUCGGCGCAAUCUUCCUCCCUGAGAUGCCAAGCUUCAUAAUCCAAUGUGAUGGCAACACGGACAAGGCAAGGAUCCUGCUCUAG